GAGAGUCUCCAUCGCGGGCACUGGGCCGCCAUCUUAGAUGGCGGGAGUCGGGCGAGGACGGGCGUGAGACGGGAGGCCCGCCUGCCGCUCUCCCGGGGCCCCGAGGAGGGCCAGCGGGCCGGGCUUUGGGGCGUGUGCCCUGAGGCGCGCAGCGCGAGUGCGGCGAUGCGGGGGCCGCCCGGGCCCCGUCCCCUGGGUUGGGGACGCGCCGAAUGUGACCGCCUCCCGCUCCCUCACCCGCCGCGGGGAGGAGGAGCGGACGAGACGCCGCCGCUGCCGACGACGGGACCCGGAGGCGGCCCGGCUCCCUCAGGUUUAAGUAUUGUGUAAGCUGCAUCAAUGGAGCACAUACAGGGGGCCUGGAAGACGCUCAGCAAUGGUUUUGGAUUCAAAGAUGCAGUGUUUGAUGGCCCCAGCUGCAUUUCACCUACAAUCGUGCAGCAGUUUGGCUAUCAGCGUCGGGCAUCGGAUGAUGGCAAACUCACAGACUCUUCUAAGACAAACAACACUAUCCGUGUUUUCUUACCAAACAAACAAAGAACAGUGGUCAAUGUGCGAAAUGGAAUGAGCUUGCAUGACUGCCUUAUGAAAGCACUCAAAGUGAGGGGCCUGCAACCUGAGUGCUGCGCGGUGUUCAGACUCCUCCACGAACAAAAAGGUAAAAAAGCACGAUUAGAUUGGAAUACUGAUGCAGCCUCACUGAUUGGAGAAGAGCUUCAAGUAGAUUUCCUGGAUCAUGUCCCGCUCACAACACACAACUUUGCGCGGAAGACUUUCCUGAAGCUUGCCUUCUGUGACAUCUGUCAGAAGUUCCUGCUAAAUGGAUUUCGAUGUCAGACUUGUGGCUACAAAUUUCACGAGCAUUGUAGCACCAAAGUACCUACUAUGUGUGUGGACUGGAGUAACAUCAGACAACUCUUAUUGUUCCCUAAUUCCAUCGUUGGUGAGAGUGGGGUCCCAGCUCUACCCUCUCUGACGAUGCGUCGGAUGCGAGAGUCUGUUUCCCGGAUGCCUGUUAGUUCCCAGCACAGAUACUCCACACCCCACGCCUUCACGUUCAGCGCCUCCAGCCCGUCUUCUGAAGGGUCUCUCUCCCAGAGGCAGAGGUCCACGUCCACGCCUAAUGUCCACAUGGUCAGCACCACUAUGCCUGUGGACAGCAGGAUGAUCGAGGACGCAAUUCGAAGUCACAGUGAAUCAGCCUCACCUUCAGCCUUGUCCAGCAGCCCCAACAAUCUGAGCCCAACGGGCUGGUCUCAACCCAAAGCCCCCGUGCCGGCACAGAGGGAACGCGCGCCAGGGUCCGGGACCCAGGAGAAGAACAAAAUUAGGCCUCGUGGACAGAGAGAUUCGAGCUAUUACUGGGAGAUCGAAGCCAGCGAGGUGAUGCUCUCCACGCGGAUCGGGUCGGGCUCCUUCGGGACUGUGUACAAGGGCAAGUGGCACGGAGACGUUGCAGUGAAGAUCCUCAAGGUCGUCGACCCGACCCCAGAGCAGUUCCAGGCCUUCAGGAACGAGGUGGCUGUCCUGCGCAAAACACGACACGUGAACAUCCUGCUCUUCAUGGGGUACAUGACGAAGGACAAUCUGGCCAUUGUGACCCAGUGGUGUGAGGGCAGCAGCCUCUACAAACACCUACACGUCCAGGAGACCAAGUUUCAGAUGUUCCAGCUGAUCGACAUUGCCCGGCAGACGGCUCAGGGCAUGGACUACUUGCAUGCAAAGAACAUCAUCCACAGAGACAUGAAAUCCAACAAUAUAUUUCUUCAUGAAGGCCUGACGGUGAAAAUUGGAGAUUUUGGCCUGGCGACAGUGAAGUCUCGCUGGAGUGGUUCUCAGCAGGUCGAACAACCCACCGGCUCUAUCCUGUGGAUGGCCCCAGAGGUGAUCCGAAUGCAGGAUAACAACCCGUUCAGCUUCCAGUCCGACGUCUACUCCUACGGCAUCGUGUUAUACGAGCUCAUGACGGGGGAGCUUCCUUACUCCCACAUCAACAACCGAGAUCAGAUCAUCUUCAUGGUGGGCCGAGGCUACGCCUCCCCGGAUCUCAGCAAGCUCUACAAGAACUGCCCCAAGGCCAUGAAGAGGCUGGUCGCUGACUGCGUGAAGAAAGUGAAGGAAGAGAGGCCUCUUUUUCCUCAGAUCCUGUCUUCCAUCGAGCUGCUCCAGCACUCUCUGCCGAAGAUCAACCGGAGCGCUUCUGAGCCAUCCCUGCACCGGGCGGCCCACACGGAGGACAUCAAUGCCUGCACGCUGACCACGUCCCCCAGACUGCCUGUCUUCUAGCUGACCGUGCACCGGCACUCGGGCCACCGGGGAGGAAAGGAUGUCUGCGGGCACCGCUUUCCUGCUCCCCCGCUGCGGGGACAGAGAGCUCGUUUUCAGAGAAGCUGCUGCUAAGGACCUUCUGACUACUCACAGGGCCUUAACUUCACGUUGCCUUCUUCGACCCUGUCCGGCCCUGGGGAAGGAAGCCAUUCACGACGCUGGUUUGUCCUGCUCCCUUCCUGCCUCCCCCACGCUCGUGAGCCAGGCCUUCUCCAGAUGCACCGGUGACGGCCGACGGCAGCCCAUGACGUGGGGCCCCAGCUGCUGGCCGUGUGAGUAUUUUUAGGGCAAGAAAAAGCACUCAGGGGGGAGAAGAAUGCAGCAGGCAAACCAGCCCUGAUGUGGGGACAUGGGUUUUGAAAAUGGGCCCCUGUGAGGCCUGCUCGUCCCAGGAGGGACUUUGUUCGGGGUGAGCGGUGUGGGCCGGACAGGUGUUUUGCACAGGACACACCAACAGCCCGGGACUGUCAAGACUGACCGCCUGAAGGAGCUGCUUUGGCACCUGGACUUGGGCUUCGGGGGCACUUCCCUUCCUCAGAGGUCUCUCCCGGGCACUGGGAUGGCUUCCUAGGAGCUGCUUGGCCUGCCCCGCCUACUCCCCCCGCAGGGAGCAGUCUUCCGUCAUGCUGAAUUUAGUCUUCCAGGAGCUGCCCCUAUGGGGCAGGGCCGCAGGGCCAGCCUUGUCUCUGUAGUCACAUCACCUGUAUGCAAGGAAGCCAGAAAUAGAGGUUUUCUUGAUGAUUUGGGUUUUAAUUUUGUUUUUAUUGCGCCUGACAAAAUACAGUUAUCCAGUGGUUUCUCAAGUACGUUAUUUUAAUAAAAUAAAUUAAAUGUAGGUUUAGU